UAUGCAAAUGGAUCGUGUUCAACACAAUACAGGAUUUAUGUAUAUAAAACCAACAAAAGCCAGUAUAAACUUUUUCAAAGAACUAUGGUCUAAUUUUAAGUUGAGUAAGAGAAUGUCACAUGAUCAAGGCUACUUCAAUGAACUUCUUGAGAUAAGAAAGCUUAGAAAUCAAAGUCACCUUAUCAAAAUCAAUAAGCUUCCUGUCAAAUAUUUUACUUGUGGUACUUAUUAUUUCAACGAAGAUAAUAGACAAUUCGGAGUUCCUGGUUCGAAAGAUACCGUUGUUGUUCAUAAUAACUAUAUUGGUUCGAUUGCCGCAAAAAUUUAUAGAUUUAAAGAAAACUUUCUGUGGAGUUUGGAUACCAGUGGUUAUUACUCAUCCAGAGUAACUAAAUACAUAUCAUAUGGUAAUUCUAUUGACUUUCAAGAAAAUAAUUAUCUAAAAGAAAUACAAGCCUUAAAGAAUGCAAUGAAAAUUGGGCAAUUAUCUAAAAGAGUAGUAAUUCUACCAAAGUUUACUUGCUGCGCCUGUAAAAAACAGAGAAAAUCAUGCUCAAAUUUUUCAACAAAAUGCUCAUUAUUAUCAGUGUUGAAUAUUGACGCUUUUGAUAAGAAAUUUGCCAACCUGUAUAGGGAAAGUACUUUCAUUCAUAAUCCUCUAACCAGAAAAUUUGAUAAGAGUGAUAUCAUAAAUCUUAGUCAUGAUCAGAUGUUCGAAAUAUCAAAAUAUUAUAAUUAUAGUAUUGUUCAUUUUGAUCAUCUCUAUGGAAAGUUUGACAAUUAUAAUUAUACUGAUAAUCAUUUUAAAUGCGAUAACUACGAACAGUGGAAUCAGAAUUUGUAA